AUGUCUUUCCUUCCACCAUUUAUGACAAUGUCUUUCCUUCCACCAGUAAUGACAAUGUCUUACCUUCCACCAGUUAUGACAAUGUCUUACCCUCCACCACUAAUGACAAUGCCUUUCCUUCCACCAGUUAUGACAAUGUCUUACCCUCCACCAGUAAUGACAAUGUCUUACCCCCCACCAGUAAUGACAAUGUUUUUCCAUCCACCAUUUAUGACAAUGUCUUUCCUUCCACCAGUUUUGACAAUGUCUUUCCUUCCACCAGUAAUGACAAUGUCCUUCCAUCCUUCAGUUAUGACAAUGUCUUUCCUUCCACCAGUAAUGACAAUGUCUUACCCUCCACCACUAAUGACAAUGCCUUUCCUUCCACCAGUUAUGACAAUGUCUUACCCUCCACCAGUAAUGACAAUGUCUUACCCCCCACCAGUAAUGACAAUGUCUUACCCCCCACCAGUAAUGACAAUGUUUUUCCAUCCACCAUUUAUGACAAUGUCUUUCCUUCCACCAGUUUUGACAAUGUCUUUCCUUCCACCAGUAAUGACAAUGUCCUUCCAUCCUUCAGUUAUGACAAUGUCUUUCCAUCCACCAGUAAUGACAAUGUCUUUCCUUCCACCAGUAAUGACAAUGUCUUUCCUUCCACCAGUUAUGACAAUGUUUUUCCAUCCACCAGUUAUGACAAUGUUUUUCCUUCCACCAGUAAUGACAAUGUCUUUCCUUCCACCAGUAAUGACAAUGCCUUUCCUCCACCAGUAA